AUGGCUCGCGGUCAUGCAAUCAGCUGGUCUCAGUCUGAAACGGAUAAUCUCUUGCCGUGGUUAUACCGAAAUCGGCAUCUGUCAUGGGAGGGUAAAUCGAGAGCAUACUUCCUACAACAUCGUGUGGUCCGGUCUGUCGAGUCUCUCCGGGGUAAAAAGUACCAGCUUUUGCGUAAGGGGCGCAAGCAACAAAGACCGUUGGUGCCCGGUGGCACCAAGAAGCGUCGGAGACAGUAUUUGCUACGACGAAAACCUCGUGAUCUACCUGAAUCUCCUCCUAUUCUCAGGGUGGGAUCGCCUGACCCAGAGCUGUGGCAGAUGGUUCAAAAUUUGCAGGUCUCCCUGGAAACCUCUUCUUUGCACUCGUCACAGUCUAUGGAAAUGGACUCCGAUGAUGCGAGCGAUGAGUCGUUCUAG